UGCUUAGCAAUAUCAUUGACUUAAUGUUUACCGAGAAGUAGGCUACUUUGUUUAAGUUAGGCCAUCACUGAAUUAUUCAUAUUUGCGCAUGUGUGAAAGGACACUCGUUCCCGUCGUCUGUCAUAAAAUAUCGUCGCUGAAGACAACGCGCGUAUUAUUUACCAACACAUUCACGGAGAUGGUUGAAUCCAAAUACAAGCCCAUUGGGAUCAAUGAGUUUCGUAACCCACUAUUCUACCGGGCCUUCGCAGCCGAAUUUAUCGGCACCCUCCUCCUUGUACUUGUAGGCUGUGGGGCAAUCACUGGCGACCGUUCGCCUGUCGUGGCGCAACUACAGAUUUCUUUGGUGUUCGGAUUCACGGUGGGGACUAUAGUAUGGAUUUUUGGCAACUCCAGUGGAGGGCACAUCAACCCAGCGGUGACGGUAGCCAUGUGGGCCGUCGGCAAUAUCACCUUCGUGAAAGCGGUGUUUUACAUCGUAGCGCAAGUCACUGGAGCGGUCGGGGGAGCUGCCCUUCUGAACGUUCUCACCCCGGCCAACGCCACCGACGGCGGCAAGAAGUUGGGAGCCAACCUCCUUUCCCCCGGGGUUACCGUGAGCCAGGGCGUGGGCAUCGAGAUAUUCUGCACUCUCGUAUUGGUGUUCACGGUGUUCGCGGCCUGUGACGGAAGUAGGACUGACCUGUCCGGCUCCCGGCCACUGUCCAUUGGCAUUGCCGUCACCAUGGCACAUCUGUAUGCGCACGAGUACACGGGGUGUAGCAUGAACCCAGCCCGUAGUUUGGGACCAGCUUUGAUAUCAGACACGUGGACAAACCACUGGGUGUAUUGGGUCGGACCCCUGGUUGGCGGUCUGAUUGCAGGCUUUUUGUACGAGUUUAUCUUCGCUGAAGACGCCUCGGUGAAAAAGCUGAAGAGAUACUUAGCGUGCAGAUGCCGCUCCCUUUUAGAGGAGGGUGAGGAAUCAAGUUGUACUAACAAAGAAGAAGAUUUCCAAAACAAUGACAGUGAUUUUAAGCCUGUUGAGUUCAGAGGGUACCAAAAUCACGCUUACAUUGAAUCUACCCAUUUUUGAUUCUCUGUAGCUUUUUGUUUGACUGGUUCUCUGAGAGACCCAAACCCGUCAUCACAUUUUAACAUCACGUGAUUAAGCUACGUGGUCAGUUCUGAGUACAG